GUCCGAGUGGGCGGACACAGCAGCGUGUAGCAGUGAUGUCAACAACAACGGUCAGUGGGUCAGCCCGUUCGUGAUAACAGUCCGCGUAAUUUGAGCCUGUAACCGAACCGUAUCAUUACCGAAAUUUAUCGGCUGCAUUUAAUGUCAACAGGUGUAUUUUUGUCGCCUAGUUGUGGGGGUUUGGGGUCUAGAAACACAAGUGAUAAGUAACGGUCGCGUGUGUCAGCUAGCGAUAGCAUGCUAGCGGCGAGAGGAAAAUGAGGGUAGUGUCAUUCAGCUGAUUAACAGAAAAGAGAAAUACAAAUACACGUGUUUAAAGGGGCAUCAGCGAGGGAAUGGCAGAGUGUUUUUCAACCGACACGAAGGCUACUAAUACAUUCAUGAAACUUCUCUAUAAACAGAGAAAAGCUGGUUGAACGGGAUGAUGCUAUCUCUGAUACGACAUCGUGGAUGCUGACGUUAAGGUAAGCAGGUCAUGGACUGAAUUAUCCAUAUACGCAUUUUUGUAGGUAAACGCCAUGUCAUGUAAGGACAGGCUGGUCACGCUUUUUAUUCUUUUUUCAUUGUACUAACCUUUUAUUUAUCCCAAUUUCUCCCAUUGAGACCAAAAGAACUUCUAAAUAAAGUGGUGACCUGGUCCAGAAAAGAAAUAACACUGAGUUUUAAUGAUUACAGUGCAGAGACAUUAAGUGCUGGCAGGGUGUGUGGACUGAAAGAAAAAGACCAUGAACCUGACUCUUGUGCUGCUUUGGUUUAUUAAAACACUGUUAUUCAAACUUAAUCCAACCGUUUGGUAAGAGUUAUUUGAAAACAUAUAUUCAAGUGGCAUUUUACAUAUCUUUUAAUGUUUAAGAUGCUUUUACUCACCUAUCCCUCUCAAAAUGUUCCCCUUAUAUUUGUGCAGGUUGGAACUUGUCCUAUUUGAUAUCUAUAGAACUAAAACACUGGCUGACGUCUCUGCUGCUCUAUUUUACAGAACGUAACAAACAUGAUCACCACGGAGGCUGCAAGAGACUUCCAGGCCAAAGAGCGCAAGUACAAAGAGCAGCUGAAGAGAUGUUUAUCAUCUGCUUUGUCUGCAGACCUUAACAGGUAAGUGAGGCAUGUAAAACAAUACACUGAGCUGCAAAGUCUAGAGUUUGGGGGAAAGGUCAGUCCUUAGGAAAUGCAUUAGGAAAUGUCAAUACCAGAGUCUUUUGCUUAAGCAAUACAGGGUUUUCAAGUGGAAACAUUAAGAGAUUUUGCGGUCUCCUGAAAGUCAAGUGAUCCUUGUAAUUGCGUCUACAUUUUCUUUAUGGGCAUAUGAAUGUGCUGCAGUCAUACAGCCCUACAGCAUCUGUGCAUUCAUUACAUGCUGCAAUAAGAUUUUUGUGAAAGUUAUAGCUUUUGAUCGUACUUGAGUGUUAAUCAGGUCAAUGCAUGGAAAUCAUGAACCAAACCUUCAACAAAUGCAAUGAAGUCUGUACAGCUGUAAACCUAAUAGAUAAAUGAUAACAGGAGUUGCUAAAUAAUCUGGAUUUAUUAAACUUCUCCAGUGCAGGGCCAAGUGUUUUUUGUGCCUUGUCAUCUGUCAUUCUAUCUGGCAUUUUUAUCUCCAUGUCUCAAAUUAGCUUUAAAUAAAGAUGUACCAAACUUUAAUUGUCCAGGUUGAUCAGUACCUGAUCUUAACAAACUGAUUAGUAUUCCACCAAAAGAACCUUUCCUUUAGUCUUACUCCAAUUCAAUAGCAACACUUUCUUUCUUCAUAGGGGGUCAAUGGUCAACUCACUAACAGAGGCAAGCAGUACACAGAUCUACACAUGUUGUGUUGGAUGCAAGUGGGUCUAACCAGAGAUCUGUGGGUUUUCCUGUCCGUAUGUGGUUCUACUUAUCUUAACCAGCAACUCCUGACAAUAACCCUUAGGGUACCAUUACAGGGAAACACAGGUUUCUUUGUAGUCUGGGUGGUGACAAAGCUAAAUAAAGCAGUGUUUAGUUCAUUCUGUUUGUGCUUAACUUCAGUGGAUCAUUCUAACAUUUGUGGAAUCUAAAAUCAAAAUCAUAGUAAUGUUACAUUUUCACUGAGCUCCAUACAGGUUGUUCUGCCACAAGUAAAUUACACACAAUGAAAACCUGAUACUUCAAGGUGCCAUGUGUAGUAUUAGCAGAACAGACUUGGUAAAAUUAGUUUAUAGUGUUCCCCAUGUGUUAAAAUCAGCCUGUAAUCCUCUGAAUAUGAAAAGUCAAUGAACUAAAUUAGAUUAAAUUGACUUUAUUCGUCCAAAUGUGGAAACCUUUCAGUAAAAUCACACAAUGACUUUACUGACAGACAAAAGUCAGAAUUAAGACUUUGAGAGGGUGCUUGGAAUCCUUUUCGUUGUCACAGACCACAUGUUCCAUAAAUGAAGAGAACAAUACUUACAAGUUUUAGGUGCACUUUAAAUUAUGAAACAUAAUUAUUUAGUUUUUUUUUUUUUUUCAAAAAUAGAUUGAGACUUUUAUAACAAUGUAAAAGCAAGUCCCCUCUCACAGUGGCCACCAUCUCAUACUGACAUGUUUUUACAGUAGCGUAGAAUGGACACGUGUAUUUACUGAGUGGCGAUACCAAUUGUACCAUUUUGAAGUCAAAGGAUAAAGAGAGAAUGGUUGGUGUGUGCAAAAGAAUUUGUAUUGGUUGACCAUUUUCAAGGUGAAACUUGACAAAGGAUCAUAUUGAUAAUGCAUCACAGGAGCCUUUUGUCAUGACAGUUUUAGUGAAGAUGUCACAAUCCCACCUCCAUGAGGAUAUUUUUCUGUUGAUUAAAUUGCUUUUGGUUGUUUUUUGGUUUGCCUGUUGGCCUGUGUGUUUUGCGUUUCCCCUCAGUGACCACAGCAGCAGCACACCUGUGUGCUCACUGAUCAUGGAGCACCUGCUGGGAGCAGCUGAUGCAGAUCAGCAAUCAGCAGGUUAUGUAAGUGGUGGGCUGACAGCAGGAUACUGCCAGAAUUUCAUUGUUCUUUGUCCUGAGAAGAAGUCCACUGUUGUAAUCAUUAACCUGGCCUGUGCAUUAGAUUAAGAGACAUUUAUUCUCUCAGCCUUUUAGUUUGUCAUUUUCCUCUCUCAGUGAGAGUGUUUGUGAGUUUUUUUGUUUGGUGUUUCCAGUUAAAGUUUUAAGCUCACCUGUGUUUGUUUGCAAGUCUGCUCUUGGGUCCAUACCUUACCCUUGGGUCAGAAGAACCUAAAAUGACAAAAUUAUCUCUUUUCUACAUACUAACUUUGUCUUUAAAUUAUGAUUUAAUCACUGUAAUUACUUCAAAGGAUGGGUUUCAAGCAAGCUUAAAAGUUGUAAUAAAGUAUCACGGGCUACUAAUGUGUUAGCUGACUGUGAGAUAGACAAACUAGUUUGUUCGCAAGCUUCCAUCCAAUGGCCAUCAACACACCACUGGCACUGAAGAGGAAAACCGGACAAUCCACUGCUUUAUACUCAUGGUUAAUAGAGCUGAACUUCUGUACUGAGGUACCGAUCAUUGUGGGAAUUAACAAAUUGAAAGUAACAAACUGGUUACCAUUACCAUUCUUGAUAAACCUUGUCUUUUGUUAGUCCGAAUAAGAUAUCAGUAAACACGCUUUCAAGAGCCCUGCCAGACCUUCUAUUAGAGAAUGGGGUUUCCUCUGUUGCCACAGACUUUAAAUGUUGUAUGAUGGCUGAAAGGGGAAAAAAAGCUGCACGAUAUGGUCUAAUCUGAAGAAGUAAGGCACAUUUGACCUUGAGUAAUGAUUUCAAAAGCUUUCAAGAUUGACUGUAGAACAGGCUGCCUCACACACACACACACACACACACACACACACACACACACACACACACACACACACACACACACACACACACUUAAACCUCACAAUAGCUACAGGAAAAGCUUUUACUUGACAUUUUAAUUAAAUGUAUAUAUUUUUAUCAUCAUUAAAAGCAUUUUCUUCCUACAGUGAUUCAUGUUUAUCACUGUAGGAAGAAAAGCCACACAACCAACCAAAAGCAUGUCCAAACCUUUUUUUUUUUUUUUUGUAAAGCAUACAAAUUGAAUUACUGAUGGAAAAAGGAGUUAAGGAAAUGCUGUUCAAUAAAAAGAUGGGAUUCAGCUUAAGGUCACAAAAUAAACCCUGAGAUUAACAGAAUUUCACAUUUUAGUGAUCAUAGCAUUAAAAAAAGCCAUAGCUGGAGUAUUUCCUUGGAUAAUAGGAUCAGGGAUCAGAAGUGUAAAACUGGGCACUGAGGAAAGUUACAGUAAAGGUCACUUAUAAAGACUGGAGUUUCAAAAGAAUCAGGCUAAGGUGGAUUCAAGCAGUUUGCUGGGUUUGAGCUGACGGGCAUGUAAGUUUCCUCCUCGCACGAGUGGCCCAUCAAUUUGACCACUUCUCAUCAGAAGCCUACAGUAAUGAACCCAGAACCAGAGUUUGAACUCUUUACGCCCCAUUGGCCUCAAACUGACUGAUUUCUGGGUCAGACAUGGAGGGAAGAUGAGAAGUAAUGGCGGACAAAAGAAAUGGACUGCCUCAGGACUGUGCUUUUGUAACUUCGGAGUGGAAACUGGGACGUCAGACUCAUGUCUGAAUCUGAUAGAUCCUGGAUGUUGGUGCAGAGGGCCUAUUUUUAGCCUCAGUUUUACAUGUAGGCUUUGAAAUUCUCAUUCAAUAUGAGCAUUGUGCCAAACUGUCUCAAAAAAUAAUUAGUUGAAUGAUAUUUUCUUUUCCUCUCAUCAGCUAUUAAGUUUGGGAGUUUCCCCUUGUUAAGGUAUUGUGUAUUUCUCCCCAGGUUACUGCUGGAGGAGCUGGAGGCUGAUGUUUCUCUGUUUGCUGCCUCUGGCUCCCUUCGAGCACACAGAGCUGUUCUGCUGGCCAGGGUUCCUCAUGUUCUUCGUGGACACACACACAAAGAUCCCACCAUCAUUCAUCUGCCUGACUAUGAGCUUUCUGAACUGAAGGAUUUCCUCAGGUAGGCUGCUGGUUCCAGGGGUUGCUGCUUUGAUGAUCACAGUAAUGGUUAUUUUAUGUUUUCGAUUUGAGGUACCCAUGACCUUCUUUUAUUUUGGUACAGUGAUGUCUUAUAGUGGGUUCCUCUAUAUUAAAACUCAAAGCCCCAUGUCCCCUUUUCAUGAUUUAAAUCACUUAUCUAUGCAAAAAGUUUUUGAGUUGCCCGAGUUGACUGCUUCGAGGGUCUUCAGAGCAACAAUAUGACAGUUCAAGAAAAUGUGGUGAAGGAGGCAGUUGACUGAUGUACUUGUGUUCUGUGUGGUAAAAUUACCUUUUUUGUCAUUUCCAACUGGUAAAUUAUGUAAGGGUUAUCUUGAUUCAAAUUUAAAAGGCCAUCAAAAGCCUGAUAUAAACUUAUUUGCCAUUGCACACACCCUAGGUUUGCUUAGUCCUGAAACUACAGUGUUUCCCAGUGAACAGGAAUCAAUUUGUGGUGGUGUGGUGGGGGAAGAGGGAGAGAGAGAACUCAAUAAUCUGCUUUGUGAUCGCAGACAACAACUCACUAUUAGUAUUAACUUCCCGUGCGUACCCCUCAAUGCAGUGCCCAUGUGCACCGCAUAUACUGAUACAUACUGAGUCUGAGGUAAGGCUGCGUUAAAAAACCCUCAUUUAUACGGUGUGGCAGCUUUUAUUUUGCUGUGGCAGUGCGAUCAAUUACAUGUAGGGGACACCUGAAACUAUGCUGAAGCAUGUGUAGCUAGCCUAAUAUGUGCCUCCUAAAAGAAUAGGAAGUUCUUGUCAGGGCAAUGCAGGAUGAUUAAGAAAGCGCUACAUAAACACAGUUUAUUUACCAUUUCAACAAAUAGACUUUCGUCUGUCUUUGUUGUUACUAACACUUUAAAAUCACAAAAGUCACAAAAACAAGCCUUUUCAGUGAAUAAAAGACAUCAAAUUACUGCCAUUAUCAUUCAUCUCAAGGCAGCCUGCUGAGGGGAUAAACUGGGGCAAAACUUUUUGUACCUCCUAGACAUGUAAAAUAGGGUCCAGUCCAGCCUGUAAAUAUCGGUAUAGCUCUUUAAAAGCUCCUUUUACCAAUCAGUAGUUUUAAAUAAAGUAUUUAGUUUGCAACUGCUUUCUAGGACAGGAUGUCAUGACACAUUAUUUAUCUGUCCCCUGUGGUCUGUCAGUUUCACAGACCUGCCAACAGAGGUCAGAGUAAACACAGUUUUUGAUCAAAAGAAUUUGCUGGUAGUAUGUGUUUGUUUUGAGGCUCUUUCAAGUUAUGCAAUUAUAAAUGUAUAAACUGCAUAUUAGCAUCAAGAUCUGAAACUCUCUGAAGGCUUUAAGUUGAUAUGUAUAUAUGUGUGUCUAGUACAGCAGAUGUAAGGUUUUCUUCAAGGAUUUCUGGUAUGGACCCUUGCUGUUUCAAAGUCUUUGAUCUCCUGAUAUGUUAGUGUCUCAUUAACAGUUUAUAAUUAGGACAAGAAGAAAGGCGUCCUUUUGCUACACUACCUCAGAGUCUGUCUAAAGCUUCUUUUGCAAAUAGAAAAAAUAAGAUUAUUGUGUUUGACAUCCAGGUUACAUUGAGUUUAGUUUUUUUUUUUUUAGCUCCCUGUUAAGAUGGAUUUAUGUAAGAUACUCACCAUGAUAGUGCACAUAUGCAGAGCAGCCAUCUCAGUCUCAUCUCUUCUGCCUAUCCUGCUGUUAUUACAUUUUUGCAAUGUUAGUUCAUUAACUGUUAAUGUCGACCCUGAAUUCCUCUCAUCAUUGCUAAUACAUUUUGUUCUCAUGGCAGAUUUGUUCAAGUCAUAUUAGUUGGGAUUGCUAAAAUCCUUUAACUUAUAUUAACAGGGUUGUAAAUCACACAUACGUUGUUACUUUGGUUAAUUUUAACAUUAUUCUCAUUUCAGUUUUGCAAUGUUGUCUUUGUCUUUUCUACAGUUGCUUUAAUUAUGGGAGAUUUUAGGUGACAGUAGGAUUUGUUUCAAUCCUCAUCUUGUUAGACACAUUGUAACCAAACCAAUGCUGACGGUGUUGGUGCCGUUUCAAAGGCAGAAACUGUCAUUAAUUUGCAGUUGAUAUGUUUGUCUCUAGCUGUGAAUAGUGCCUGAAAUCAUGCAUUCAAGCACAGGAUGUCAUUUUAUUUCUUACUAGAAACUGUAAUAAUGGAUGUUUUUCUUAUUUUGUUGGAUAAUAAGGACACCUAACCCUGUAAUGCGAAUUGUGAUCACGUACAUUAAAGUACUAUGGUGUAUUUGAAGGCUGGAAUGAUUAACUUGUUUUCAGAUCUGAAACUAACAAGAUACUGUUCUGUAUGUAUUGCAAUUCCAAAAGAAGUGCAAGUUGCAUUUUACAAUUUAUUUGGAUCACUUUUCUUACUCAUGAUCAUAUACUUCAAGAGAGUAUUAGUACAGUAAUUUACUGUCUGGGCCAAAAAUGUGAAGAACAUUUAAAAAAUAUUUUACAUUUAAAUUUUCUGCUGUCAAACCGAGGGAGUCCUCUAUCUUGUAGUGGUGAUGUACACUGCCACUUUUAGCAUUCACCACAUCCCAAACUGUUUGAGACAUACAGUGCAUCCGGAAAGUAUUCAUUCCACUUUUUCCACAUUUUAUUAUGUUACAGCCUUAUUCCAAAAUGGAACAUUUUGCAAAUUUAUUAAAAAUAAGACACUCAAAUGUUGCAUAUACAUAAGUAUUCACACCCUUUGCUAUAAAACUCAAAAUUGAGCUCAGGGGCAUCCUGUUUCCACUGAUCAGCCUUGAAAUGUUCCUCUGACUUGAUUGGAGUCCACCUGUGGCAAAUUCAGCUGAUUGGACAUGAUUUGGAAAGCCACACCUGUCUAUUUAAGAUCCCACAGCUGACGGAGCACGUCAGAGCACAAACCAAGCCAUCAAGUUCAAAGAAUUGUCUGUAGACCUCCGAAACAGGGUUGUAUCGGCGCACAGAUCUGGGGAAGGUUACAGAAAAAUAUCUGCUGCAUUGAAGAUCCCAAAAAGCACAGUGGUCUCCAUUCAAGAAAUGGAAGAUGUUUGGAACCACCAGGACUCUUCCUUGAGCUGGCCGCCCAGCCAAAAUGAGUCUGUAGUCACUUUCUCUGAAUCAUUUUCAUCUGAAUCAUGUGACUGAUGAUUCUCAUCUCUCCUCUGUGUUGAGAGCAUUGGCAUAGACCAACACUUUUACUUGUACCCUUUUGUCAAUGUCUGAAAUUGGUCUGUGAGUUUCCUGCAGACUGUAACAGGGUUUUAGAGGCUUAGAAAAAUUAUCCAGCAUAUUUUGCACAUGCAGAAAAAAAUCCAUGCCCAUUUGAGAAGAUGUUUCAGAAGUAGACACUACGAAAGAAAUGAAGCAGGCUGCAGUGAGUAAAUGCAGUAAGGUCUGUGCAGGCUGUGCACAUUUGACACCAUGGUCUCAGUGCAUAAAGUAAGGGUGUAAUUCAAAGAGGCGUGAAAGGCCUACUUUUAAUUAACCUUAAAUGCUUCCUCCCUCCAGGCGAGUGUACACAGCAGAUCAGAGCAUUCGCUUCACUAAGAUCAUUCCGGAUGUGGAGGGCUUAGUGCCAGGAAUCACCCCAUCGGUUCCUAACACAACAGACCUGCAUAGUUCCACUGACUCAGGUAAACACAAACACAUUACAUCAUGGAGGGUUACUCUGGGUCAUGUGACAGCUCAGCUGUCCCCCUACUUCCCUUUCAUCACAUCAUGUUGUCCUAGCUGUAAUCCACUUUAAAGCUCAUUGUUUGGAUCCCUGUUGUUGUUGUUGUUGUUGUUGUUGAUCACUGCUAAUUGCAGCGUGGUCCUGAAUGAAGUUGUGCUUUAAAGGCUGAUUUUUUUCCAAACUCUUUUUUAGCAUAUUUACUGUUUGGUGGUACAGUACAGUUUUUUUUUUUUUUGCAUAAACACGUAUGUCCACUAGGGCUGCACGAUAUAUCGUUUGAGCAUCGUCAUCGCGAUGUACGUGUGUGCAAUAGUCACAUUGCAGAGCCUGCAAUGUCAGAGGUGAAUGAACUCAGUUAAUUUCAAGGGUAGCUGACUGAAAUACACUGCAUGUGCUUUGCAGUGAUCCACCAAUCAACCCACCCCUGCACAUGUCCUGCACAUGGAGUGAGUCGCUGCCGCUACCGGAGUUGAGCCGAGAAACGUGUGUCCGCUGAGAAUUACUUUUGGAACAUUACUCAUCACUGUUUAGCCCAACAAAUAAGAACCGUAUGGGUUUUAAAUUGUACAUUUCCGUGGACCACUCUACUAUAAGCAGUGUACGUUUUGUGAGGUGCAUGCAAUUCUCGGAGGACAUGCGUUUCUUAGCACAACCCCGGUAACAACAACAACAAUCGCAAACUGAACAACAAACAGAGAAAACCACAGAAGAUGAAGACUUGUUGCCAAAAAGAAAAGGAAAGUCAGUUAUCUGGAAUUAUUUCGGUUAAAAGAAGGAUGAUGUCGACCGAAACACGUGUUCUGUGUUCAUCUGUUUCCACAAUAACAUACAGCACAAUAAAAGCUAAAAAUAUCUCUGAGACAGACAGAAGCCAUUCUACAAACAUUCACAAAAAGAGGUAAGAUCAGUGCAGGUUAACUGUCCUUGAGAUUUCAGCAGUGCAGCAUAACAUUAAGUGCUAUUCAGGUCAUCUGGUGAAAAUUCCUGUAUUUUUUAAUAUCGCAAUUUAUAUCGCAGGGUUGAAAAAAAUCGCAAUAUUAGUUUUUUCCAAUAUCGUGCAGCCUUAAUGCCUACGUUAUGCACCUCACUUUCUUACUGCUUUUUUAUUUUUAAUCAUUAUUAUUACUGCUUUUCUUCAAAGUUCUUUGCCUUUUUAUAGACCGUUGUCCUGAGCCAGCCUCAGGCCUUGGAGCUGACUUGCUGGAUCUGUACCAAAGAGGAGAGCAGUGUGACAUCACCAUCCAAGUAGCAGAGCAGGUCUUUUCCUGCCACAGGUAGACUUAUUUAAGGUUCACCUUAUCAACAUUUGGAGUCAAAAAGUAUGUUUUCUGUUUGUUUGAUUGAUUAUUUGUUUUUGUCAUAUUUUGAUUGCCUAGUCAGGGCAUGUAAGUACAUCACAGUCAGAUAAACCACAGCCAAAUGAACCAUAUUAAAUACUACAGAGGUUUGGCAUUUGCCGUUGACUCGUGGCUGGUCAUUCAGUGAUGCAGAGGUAGUAGUAGCAGCUCGUUACCAUGGAGACAGGUCUCUUCCAGCUCAUGCUCAGAGGCAGCCAGCCAGUGAGCACUCAUCAAAGAGCAGAAGCUGGCCUGUUUGUGGUUGCUUUGCAGCACAGUGUUAGCUGCCGCUGCUUUCACCCACAGGCUGAACCUGGGCUUCUCCUAUCUGACGCCUCUACAUCUACUUUAUGAUGAAUCAGUUCAAGUCUCUGGGAAAACAAUGGCCUUUUCCAAACAAAUACCCAUCAGUAUCAAUGAAACAUAUUACACCUGGAUCAUUCCAUGUCAAUUUAACCAAGAAUCGCCACUCACAUCACAGAUUUUGAUGAAAUUUGGUGAGGUGAUUGGCCUUCAGGAGAAACUGUCAGAGCUCAAAUAUUUUUGUUCAAAGCCAUCUAAUUAGUGAGAUAGGGGCUAAUGAAUUUUUGGCUAACCAGCAUGACAUGCGUUACAAAAGUGUUCAUAUAUCUGGAAGUAUGGCACCUAGAGAGCUGAUUCAGGUGUCAUUUUUUCCCAAAUUGGACCAGAAAAAAGUUUUAAAAGACCAAACACUUAAAUUGGAAAUAGCAAAAAACGCGCGUCCUUCAAUUUUCUUCAUAUUCACACUUAAGAAAGACUAUCAUGUCCACUAGCAUCCCUGCAAGUUACAGGAUGGGCAUUCCAUAACUUUUUGAGUAAUUAGUCAAAAUGCGUGGUACGUUAGGUGGAAAAUCACCAUAUUUGGCACAUUAUACAGUCCUGACCUCAUCUGGAGUCAGCCCCACUUGCCUGCUUGUGUAAAAUAUUACUUCCUCAUAGUGCAAAAUGCUUUUUUUGAGUUUUUCCAUUUGUGUGUUAUCCCAUAUUUGUAUGAAAAAUGGCUAGAAUAGCUUAUUUUUGCUCAGUUUUCCAUCACAUUUCAUUUCUAUUUGCACCUAUAUCCAGAAUACGAAUGAUCUUAGCUUCAUGGGAGAAUCAUUUGGACAUACCUGCAUGUCCUGGAUCCUAGGGUUGACAAAUAACUUCUACCUAUGCACCCUGAAAUUUUGUUGCUGGUUUCCCUGUGAAGUAUUUCAGGCUUUUUAUCCUGAGCCCUUUCAACUUUUCCUUUAUACUUCAAAAGUACUUUUAGCAUACUUUAAUUUUAUUAAUUUUUUAUUAAUUUUAUUAUUUAGCAUACAAUAAUUUUAUUAAAAUCAUUUCUCCUGAGUAUGGUAUCAUCCAAUACUUGCUCGUGGGAAUCCUGAUUUUAUGAUUCACUCUUGGUCAAUUUCCUUGAUACAGUGAUAUUGUAGAUGAAGUGCCAGCUCAUUCUUGCAACUUACCCGAUUUGCCUCUGCUCCAAAGUGCAUCAAAAAAUUGAGACCCAGGGCAACAGAGCACCAUUAUUCACCACUCAAGUGAAAUUAUUUUAUAGUCCUUACAUGGCUCCUUUGCUCUCCUCUUGCCCAACUUCUUCUAGUAUAUUUUGGAAUGGUUGCUAAUUACUGUAGCUCUCCUGAUAUGCUCUUUUAGUAAUUUUAGUCUGCACUGUACUUACCUCUUCUUAUAUUUAAUGUUAUUUGUAAAAAUAAAUAUCCAGCAAACCACCAGACAUUGAUGAGCAUGGACACUCCACAAUCUUCUUGUCUCCAGCCAGUCUCCAUCCAAAAUAGUGAAAACAAGGGGGGUGUUCUGAGACGGGCUGUUACCUGUGAAACAGGGGUGCUAUGAAACACCCCCAUUAGCACUUAGUAAGUUCCUCCUGAUAAAAUUAACCAUAGACUGUAAAUUGAUGCGGUAGAGUCGACCAAUCAGAAUUUUGGUUGUCUAUGCAGGUAUUGACCAAUUCGACUAGGACUUCACAGCUCUAGUGGAAUAAUAUAGAGUUUUUAGCAUCUCAUCAGGCCAUUGUAAUAUUGAACUAUGAAAUUUGUUUUUCAGAGUUAUAAGGGUUGUAUGUUUUUAGCUGCUGGGGGUUCUUUCUUUCAGUGCUGAUAGUGUUCUCAUUCAUGGAUGGCAAAUUAAUUGAACUAAGAUAAGGUAACAGAGAAAUGUGUGAGUACUGCAGACAUUGAACAUAUUGUAGAAAAAAAAAACAUUUAGUCAUAAAUCUUAAAAGGGCCCUUCGCUUGAAUCUGCAAAUUUCUGAAAAACAUUACAGUUCUUAACGGCACAAUUCACUGAUAACACAAGAAAAGAAGGUGUUUUAACUUCAGUCAAGGGUAAAAAUAUGGAGGCGCAAGUCACAGGUCAAAAUAGGGAACAGAAGGAUAUCAUUACAAAAAUUCUGCUACAGAUUUUUUCAGGCUGACUACAGUAAGGCUGAUAUUAAUGGGGCAUCCACAAAAUCCCAAAGAAAAACAAAGCAAAACCAACAACACCUUCCUAAAAUCCCUUUUGAUUUCCCUGCCCCAUCUGUAGCUGUGAGCCCCUACUGGCUCCUAAUGAAACCGUAAAUUAAACAAAAAGAAAAAAAACAGGUCAGAAGUGUCUUCUGAAACUGUUGGGCAUUUAUGUUGCUGUGCAAAGAUGUUUCUUGAGUAUGUUUCUCAAUUAAGGGGGAUUGUAAGGUUGAAAUGCAUUUUAGGGGAAACAGUUUUAGAUUAAUCCAUAAUUUUGGCAGCAUGCCAAUGUAUAUUGGGUUGAGCCAGGUAAACAGUGUAAUGGUCAAAACUGUUUCCAAACCCAUUUUUUAAAAUAGUUAUGGGGUACAGUUGGACUAUUUAUGACAUAGCUGUAUACAGGAUGUAUACCCUAUAAGUUAUCAGACAUUACUUGUAAUUUGUGAUAAAUGUGUUGUUGAUUUUGAUGUUUUCUUGAGAUUUGUCCUUAAAGGGAGCUAAUUAAGAACUACCAGCACCUCAGUGGCUAUGUAUUUCCACAUCAGUGGACUAUUCUGAGAAGCCAAGGAGAAUAAAAACACUAUCUACAGAGAAUACAGAACACACGCUGUAAUUUUCUUCGUCCUGCUUCAGAGCCACUCAGAUAAACACAGGCACACUAGAUGACAUUUGAAUUAUUGAAGUAGUGGGUGAAUCUGACAUGCAACUGUCUACUUUACUGGGUUUCUAGGGCAAUUCUGUGUGCGCGGUCUCAGUACUUCAGAGCCAUGCUGAGCGGGAGUUGGAUGGAGAGCUCCAGACAGUGCAUCACACUGCAAGGGUAAGACUUGGUGCAUCAGAGUCAUCGAGGAGAGGGUCACAUGGAUCAGUUAUACACCUCCACUUCUGGCCAACAAUUCCACAUUUCAUUUCAUAACAAUACAGCUAAAUUCCUGCAUACCCAGCAUGUAUUAUUCAUGCCUUUGUAACAGAGGUGGCUCAGUACAGUAAGUGGGGUUUCAUGCACAAUGCCAGGUUUUAACUGCACAUACCAACACGCACUUAAACACUCAAAGCCACCCACUGGCAGAGGAAUCUCAAAUGGCUUGCUCAGAUUUCCACCAAGCAGAGUUGUUGUCAUCUCUCUGCAAGGCUCAGAAAUGUCUUCUCAUCCACUGCCUGCUGAGGAGUCCACACUACCACCCACACCCCCCUCACUACUACCCACAGUCUUUCUGAGGCAGAAGCAAAUGAAGCCCACUUUUCCCUUCAGGGACCAACAGCAUGUCACUCUCCUCAGCAUUACUGAUCUGAGGGUAAGGGGGGAAGACACUGCUGUCAGCAGCAGAGCAGCAGCAUUGAUGUUCUGGGGAAACCUGUGAAGUGGUCCUCAGGCUGCUGUCACAUGGGCUCGAUGCUGCAUUUACUUUACAGCAUUCAUAUUUUUGUCUGCAUUCAUUGUAUUCAUUGCAGCAAAUACAUGAAAACACAACCGCAGAAUUAGCAGUGUGCUUGGACUUGUGCCUGAAGUGUGGACUGUGAUUGGGAACAACUCUGUAGAAUCUCUUCUGAACAGAUAACUGUACCUUUGCAGGUUAGGGCCAGAUGAGAUGGAGAUCCUGCUCCAGUUCAUGUAUGGGGCCAUUGUGGAUUUACCACCUGGAGCCAGUGCCAGGUACUGUGUGUGAACAGAAUGAUAAAAACUAAGGGCUUUACAUUUAAAACUGAAGUAUUUAUUUAAGAGGAAGAGUUACAAACAUGUAUUUUCUCUAUAAAGAAAAGCCUGUAUUCUAACAGUAAUAUAUCAGACCAUACUCAUGUCUGUUUUUUUGAUUUUCAUUUAUUUUCCUCAUUGAAACGAACUUAGACAAACUAAAAAACAAGAUGCGAAAGACAAAGGUUAGCAUUUCAGAACAGGUCAUUAUUGUAAGCGUUGCCAACAUUUGUCAAGAUAUUGAUAGAGGGUCUUAUGGUUCACUACUUUGUAAAUUCGAGGAAUGAAGAAAGUGAGAAGAGAAUCCAGAGAAAAAGCAUCCCAACAUUUUAGGAUUGGGGUUGUUACAGAAAGAGUUAAUGGAUACAUACUAAAUGAGUGAGCUAACACAAGCUGGUGGUUAGAUUUCCAUGAAAUAUUAAUUUAUGUGAGACAAAGUUUUUUAUUUGGGAUAGGAUUAUUGACGUAGGAACUUUUUAUUUGUCAUCUUUUUUCCUUACCCUCACUGCUUUGCUUACUAAACAGUAAAAAUUUGAUCUGCAAGUUCUCCAUCAAACAGCUACAGGCCAAAAUCAAGCUGACAUGGAUAUGUUUUCUUGCAGUCAGGUGGUGUUGGCAGCAGACAUGUUGGGUUUGGAAGGACUGAAAGACGUUGUGGAGAUGGUUCUGACUAGAGAUUACUGCCGUUUCUUCCCUAAGGUCAGCUUUGAAGGAGGACAUGCCGACAAUGCCUUCAAGAGUGGUUUUUUGUAAUAAUAGAUAAAUUAUAAUAUUAGCAAAGAUUUUAGCCACACAAAAUCUGCCUCAAAUCCAAAUGUUACAGAUGUGGUGUUACAAUUUUAACCAUGUGAUUAAUUGUAUUUCUAAUGAUGGGAUAUCAGAUCAGUAUAUUGUCCCUUGUUUACCUAAAGAUCAUUUGUUUAGUAGAAAUUGGAGCAUAACAGCUGAAAAGACAGGUCUUGAAAUCCUUUUCUAUUUGUUCAGCUCUCACUUGAUGAGUUUGUGUGGGGCCUGCAUGCUUAGUGUCAACAACUAUGAAGCUGUUUCAUUUUUCAAAGAAUCUUUCCCUCCUGAUUUUACAAAGUAUAGUUUUUUUUAGUACAUUUCAUGACAGUAUUGUUGACCACAGAUGAAAUUAGAGUGUGACUAUGAAUACCUGUGUCUUUUUCUCUUCUUUGUAGCCCAGUGACGGGGUUCAGAGAACAGUUCUUGAGUGCCUGUCCCUCACACAUGCCUUAGGCCUUCAAAACCUCCAUGUGUUGUGUAAGAGGUGAGUUUCAACAGCACUUUAAACUGAAUAAAAAAAAAAACACUUUAUUGAAUUAUGGUUUUUAGAUUUUAAUUGCUGUUUAACCUGACCUUUUAAAAACUGCAGCAUGUCCUAACUGUUGUCUCUGCAGUUUACAUCUGCAUUUUGUUGCUAGGUAACCAGCAAGUGGGAUCAUACUUCUGUGUCAUAAAGAAGCCUGCAGGAAGCUUUAUUUCUAUAAAGUAGUUAGCCUUAAUAGGAGUUAAAGCCCAUUUUAAGCUGUAAAAUGUAUUACAAUCUUACAAUGGCCAUUCAUGUUUGGUUUUACGUGGUUACAAGAAUUUAAUUUUUAAUCAACUAAGUAAAUUCCCAAUGAUAAAAAAAAGAGAUGAAAAAGAGGACUGAGAGUUUUGUCCGAAGGUUCAUCUUUCCAACAACCAAAGACCAAAACCAUACCAAGUUGCACAAAAAGAAAAUCAAAGGUUAAGCAGAAGUCAUAGCAGUUGCUUCAAAAACAGCUUUAAAGGUAUGGGCUUACAGGUAUAAGCUCAUAACACUUCAUGUGAUGCAUUAUUUGGGCAGUGAGAAAGUUUUAUUCAGAUUAUUUUUACUUAACAGUCCAAAAUUUCAGAUGAAAAAGGCUGAGGCUUUCUAGAGACGGUUGACUAGAAAAUGACACUAAGAUUUAGCCUGCAGGAGGAGAUGGAUGAUAAAAGCUGCUCAGCUGUUAUUACUUUCUAUUCAUCCCCGUGAACACCAACUCUGAAUGUCUUAAUUCAAGUUGUCUUGUGGUUGAUAACUACUGUGAGCUGACUGUGCUUUCCCCACACUGCAGUGAGCGGACAAGAAGUGUGUGAAUGUAGGUCAGGGGGAAAGGAUGUGUUGAGCAAGGCUGUGAGCUAGUUCUGAUUUAAAGCUGUGUGUGUGCAGGGGGGCCAAGUGGCCUUGUCAGGUUGUCUGUGCUGAUCCUGACGAGUCAUGCGAGUAUGGUGGUGAAGCAAGAGUUGCUGCUUUGUGCAGCAGUGUGUCAGAGAUGUUUUCAUCUUCACUCUUUGCAUUGUUUCCUUGAGCAAAGCUCUGCUUAGACUUUUAGCGCCUGAUUACACUGCAGAAACUUUGACAGGUCUUCAUGACUUUGACUGACUGCAGAAAUGCUCCUGAUAAUGAAGUGCUUUUUAAAAUGAGUUAUGCCCAGCUAAUGUGCAUAAUUAAAUGUAAUUUCAGGUGGGUCGCUGAGCAUUUCGUAAAGACCUGGUGUGAGAGAAAUUUUUCCCUCUUGUCCCCUGAGCUCCAGAGAGUCUGUCUAACUGCUGUAAUGGAAACGAUGGUGAGUUUCUUCCUCCCACACUGUCAUCAGCUGCACUGGAUUCAUGUAAUUGCACAAGUAUCAUCAGCUUAUUCUGCAGUGUUUUUCCACAGGAAGGAAACCCAAACAUGAUCUGAUUAAAGAUGACUUUGAUUAAAUUCUCAGUUAUUAAAGAGGGACUAAUUUAGGGAUAUGAUGUGCACGUAGACGGAUGGGGGUGAUCCAGUCGUGUUAUUGGUAAUGACAUUUUGAGUCUGUCUUUCAUCACUGGAAAGGAGCUGAGUACACUGUGAGUAGACUGAGGCAACUGUACUACUGUUUACUCUUGGCAAGUAUUGAGAUUCAGAUUUUGGCCAAGAACUGUCAUAAAAUCCAGGGACUCCCUUCACUGAUCAGUAGGUCCUGGACAGGAAUGAAAGUGCAUCAGACAGCAUGGCAGGAUUUACUCACACAGUGAUAAAAAUAAAUCAGACCAUGGAUUUGAAGUAUUUGUAUUUUUAAUCCACAAUAAUGAUACCAACACUUGGUAUGCUCCUCUUUUGAUGAAUUGACACUUGCAUCAAGCAUGUGACUUCCUUGGUUCACUUACACCUUUUUCUGUCUCUAGUCUUCACUGCUCUGACUGAAUCGACUCUUUCCGCUAGCUCUGGUGAACCCCUCGAGCCCCUCCCAGAUUGCUGUCACUGUCUCUCCCUCUCUUUCUCUCUCUCUUUCCUUCUCUCUCCCUGUGACCUGUGCAGGAGGCUUCAGCCCCUCCUGCCCUGCUUUCUCCUCCUCUGUCUCAUCUCCUGACAGUGGACACUAUCAGACAUCAACAUUAAGCUUGUUCAAACGCCAUAGGCGGUUGUUGAAGUAUUUAACCCUCUUUCCUUCUCUGUUUAACCGUCACCUCUUCUUUGUUGUUUACUUCACAUCUUUAAAAAAUGUUUAUGAAUUCUCAAAGAUCUUUCUUUUUUUUUUUCCUUUUUCGAUUUUUUGAGUGUGUAUAUUGACAGUUCACAGAAACAGCAGAGGGGCAUGGGUCAGAACUUUUAAAGUUAGAGAAUAAGAGUUUUUGAACAUUAUUUCAAAGAAAAAUAAGAAUAUAAAAAAGGAAAAUGUUUAUUAGUAACUUAAAUAAAAUACAUUUUGGAUAACGGAACCACAUUUUUCGAAAUUAUUCUUAUACAUAUUUAAGUGGUCCCGCUGACCCAGGGCUUAGGUCAGUUAACCCAGUUGUCCCUCCAUGUCGGAGGGCCUGGGUACCAAUAUUGAAAAAUUAGUUGUAAAUUGAACUACGCUGUACACUGGUCAAUCAGCUGUUGUACCAAAUCUAUGGUUAAGGUGAAAGAAAACACCUGUAGCCAAUUGGGUGAACUGGCUAAAGUAAGCAGAAACACUUAAAAAAUUGUUUUUUUUUUUUUUUAGUACACUUUUUUUUUUUCUUUCCAUAAGGAUUGUGUUCAUUUGACUGUAUUUUGUGUACUCACCUUAAGAAAGUGCCUUGAGCUGAUAAAUGUUUCCAUUCAGACUGUGCAGAACGCAGUAACCAUGCUCUGUGGCACUGAGCAGUUGCUUGGCAGCCUCCCAGAAGUGAAGUGGGCCCAACAGGUUCGUAGUCUGGCCACAGAGCUACAGGAGGAGAGCCUCACUGUCAUUGUUCAGCAUCUCCCCAAAGCAAUACACACUCAAGCCUUCUGGGACCUUCGCAAGGUGAGGCAGCAGUGAUCAUACACUGUCCUGUUUUUGUAGUGCCCUUUUCUCACAGUUUUUUAUGCAUCUUUACAGAGGGAAGAGUUCACCCGAGAACCCACAUUGCUGAAGAAGCUGUGUUCAGCCAUAAGAGAAGGUGUGACUGUGGAUAACUGCUGUGAUCUUUACUCUGCUGUGUACACUCUGUGUGGGGAGGACACAGAAGAGGAUUCUUACCUGGAGCUGGGAAUGUACCAACAAGAGGAGGUGAAAUAGCAGAUCCUUUGGUUUAACUAACACUGUGUGGGUGUAUUGUGGUUUGACUUGAGUGUUAUUUUUUAGGAUCAUUGAGAUGACAACUUAUAAAAUGUAAAUAAGGACCAAAAAACUUAAGUCAGCAUUGGAAGGUUGAAAUGGUUGCAGUUUCAGUCAGUCUUUAAUUAUAUAACACUUUUCAUACACAACCAUGUAGCACAAAGUGCUUUACACAGAAAAAGAAGUAAAAGAAACAAAGAAUACCCAAAUCUACCCCAGCCCAACCCCUCAUUCCCACCCCACAAUCUAAAUGCAUCAGAAACAGUAUUAAAAUGCAUAAACUUAAAAAGGGCUUGAUUUUGUGGAAACAGGAGUGUGCGCACUGAGGAAACAUCAUUUUAAAAGUCAAGAUAAGGAAACACUGCAGGUUUAGGUUAAAACCUAAAAACAAAGUAGCAUAGAAUGAAAUUUAAGAAAUAAUAAAUAAAAUGAAAUAAAAACAGCAGUAAAAGAUACUAAAGAAAGAGCACCAAAAUAGCUCAAUAAAAGACAAUCCUGUCAUUAAAACCAGAAGAGAUAAAUGCUAAAACACUUAAACAAAGUUAAUGAUAUAAAAUUCAGUUAGAGGCAAGACUAAAAAGGUAUGUUUUCAGUUUGCUUUUAAAAUAGCUGCAGUUUGACUAAAUCUGUUAUGUCCUGAUUAAUGUCUAUGUCAGCUGUUCAUCUGGGAGUAUUCUGAGCUCUAAGCAACCAAAGAAGGGGGGGACUUAAGCCUGAAAAAAAGAGCUUUGAUGGAACCAGAGCUUACUUGAAAAACAGUGUGACAAAAAGGUCAGUAUUUGAGUACUGAAAAUUAAAAUCACUCUUUGGUUUGCUUGCAUCACAGCUUUUAGUUCCAAUUUUAUGAUAUGUAUUUUUUUGUAUUUGAUGUAAUCAAAUUGAAAUUGUCAAUGAUUUAUCCUCAACAACAAAAUAAUGCAGAAAGCAUCUAGACGUCAGUGUUGUCAACAAUUCUUUCAGCCCAGUUGAAGUUUCAAGGUCGUCAGUCACCAGGACCACCUCAAUAUCCAAAUGAAUAAGUGGUGCACAGUCACUAUUACUGGCGUUUUUGUUUCAUCAGUUUGAAUGCAAUAGCAAUAUAUUAACUAAACUACAGGCAUGAGUCAAACUUAACCUUCUUGAUAGUGAUGAUUGCUUCCUGUCAGGAAGCAAUCAUCACUGUCUCCCUAAAGCUAUUAGAAAUCUUUUCAAAGAACCCUUUUGAUGCUUUAAUGUCCCUCAUUAUCUUUUGCUGGAGUUCAUUGUGGAUGCAGGGUGUCAUAUGGCUUUUGAGGAGCACAUUGUUUAAUUUCCUUUCAGACCAAAACAAAGGUCUUCAAGUAGAAACAACAUAGAGUUAGUCUGAAUUGGUGUGCAAGAGUUGUCCAACUUGGGUUUGUAACCCCUUUGCUGACCUGGUUGGGAUGUUGUUUCUGAUGCUGCUUGGCUGUGAUAUAAAUGAUAAAUAGUCUAAAAAUGAGACACUUAAACACAUUUAUAACUCUAAGAUCAUUUGCAAUGGUGUUUUUUGUGUUUUUUUUUUUAAUUUUAUUUUUUGUUUGGCUUCCAGCCAGACACGUAUGUCCUCUGAGUCUCAAAUUUACUAGAUCACAUUACUGUAGACUGUGAGUUGUUUAUUUUAACUUUCAUAGCUAAGCCAAAUUCAUUCAGACAGUUACACAAGUCUAGUCACUAACCAUCUGCCAUGUUCAGUUUUAUUGCGUACAACUGUCAGUACGGUACAAAAACAGUUCAAGUUUUUAUCAUCCCAAAGGAGAUUUGGUUUGCAGCAGGCAUGAAAUAAAAAAUGGAACAAAAUACGAACAGGACAAUUAUGACCCACAAAGUUUCCAAGCAGUCAGAGAGCAGCACAAUUUGGAUUAAAAAUAAGUAAACAUUAGUCAAAAUAAGAUAAUUAAUAGAGCAAUAAAUUAUCAAGGUAUACAUUUGACUACUGAAAACUGUAUAUUCAAAGACCUGAAACUAUGUAGUUUAAAAAGAAUUUAGAGCAAAAAGAUCCAGAUACACAAAGAGAAAAAUAUCACAAAAGGUAAUGCAAGAUUUAGAGAGCAAAUUUAGUAUGCUUAUUGUACAGGUAUGAAAAAAAAGCUCUGGCACACCUUAUUUUAGUUCUGUACAUCCUGGAACGGAGUCCAGAGGGAAGGAGAUCAAAAGCCACAUAAAGAGGGUAGUCAGGAGGGUUUAAAUUUUGUCUUUUUGACUACAUGCUCUCUGUAAAUGUCAUGCAGCUAGGCUCACUGCACCCCAAAAACGAAGUCAUCAGAACAUUACACACAUUGAAUGAGCUUAUUUUUCUUAAAAACAACAUUUGCUCUUGGGCCUUUUUACAAACAAAGCAUCAGUUUUGUGUUUGAAGCUAAGUGUACUACUAGUCAUAAUUACUUUAUAAAUAGGUAUAUAAAAACAAUCUUAACAUUCGUAUUCUGGAGGACAGUUGGAGUAACUGCCUUUUGUAGAUUGACGAAUUGUAGGGGAGAGUUUAGGAGGGUCCAGUUUGCGCUGAGAGCACAGUAGUCAUCCCACCAAAAAGAGGGAAAUUAAUGUUAGUGUUUUCUGCUAUUUGAGGCUAAUCAUCCCCACUCAGUUAUAUUUCAUCAAAAUUGUUGUGUGCAUGGCGAUUAGUACUGGAAAUCUUGAUUUUUAAUUUCAAAAAGCCAAGUUAUUAAGAUGAAGCAUGAUAUUAUUCCUGUAAUCCAACACCAAUCUUUCCAUUAAGUGCAUUUAAAUAUUAAUGCAAAGUUAAGAUAUGAAAUUAUGGUGGUAAAGUAUUCACAGGAAAUUGUACAGUUGAACCCCUACACAAACUGAGCAGCACUAUACUGAAUAAUGUCAAAGAUCAUUGUUGAUCCAAUCAGCCAAUAGUCCAAUAAACAGUCAAGAGAUUUACAGACUAACCAAAUCAAUUGUGUAGUCAGGAAGGUUAAGCUUGUGUGGUGACUUCAGUAGAAAGUGACCUGGCUGCACGAGUUAAAGCGUAGAUCCCCUGUAAAUACCAUACAGUAUGGCAGAAUGGAUUAGCUAAGGGAGACUGUGUGACGUGUGCCAGUGGCCUUCACUAAUCUGGCUGUGUUUCUGCUGGUCAGGGGUGUGUGUGGUUAGUGCAGUGGAGGAGGCAGAGAAAGCUCCUCCUUUCUCUCCAGCCCUGCUUUUAUAAUCAGGCAUUGAGACAGGAGUAUGGGCAGCGGCCACUGACAUCACUGAUUCACUCAAGGGAGCUCAAGUGGAUUCUGCAACACAGACAGAAGGGGGAGGGAGGGACAGAGAGAGGAAGGGAGGGAGGGGUAUUUGUUGCCAUGGCGAAAGGUUCUUCAAGCAGCUGCUGAUUCGCUUGUGCUGUAGCGCACCCCUUUCCAUUCUUCUCCUCUGCCUCUCUCUCCUGUGUGUCUGCCAGCCGUUCAGGCGAGAGAUUUGUACGCUACGUGGUCGGCUGUGGACCUUCCUGCUCCAGACUUUUUAUGCGGUCCGCCACACACAGGGAUGGGAGACCCUUUCUUCCAAACACAGAGAAAGGAUUCUUGCAGGUAAGUAAGGAUAUUCUUGUUGUACUUUCACACUGGAUAUUUAUAAUGCGGUGUGUGUGGAUGUUAUUUUCCUCCCUGCCUUAACCCAGCUUUGCACAGGCUCUGCAUCAUCUGAGAUUGAACCAAAGCCCUUGUAGCGUAUGCUGUUAGCUGAUAAAACAUUUAACAUCUUCUUCCUUCACAGCUGUCUGACCACUACUAACCUAUUUAUAUCCUGGGCAGUGCUUUUGUUAGAAAUUGUUACUUUAAGUGAGCUUUCUUUUUAACUGUCUUGAGUGGACCCUAACAUGAUAAAUGCACCAAACCCGCCAUGCUUGUGUCAGUGGGUGGGAGUGAGAGGCAGAAUUUCAGCUUAGCGGGUCUGCACAUGAUUAAAAGCUUCCCCGAAUACAAAUAAGAUUCUGUUUCCUCACUGCUGAGCCAAUAGUGUGUUGAAACUCAAAGCAUGAAUUAUUGAUUCGGAUGGAAUCAGUGUGUACUUGCUGCUGUAAUCGGAGUCCAGAUCUUGUAGGCAUAAAUCACAGACGUAUUGAGCUAAUACAGUAAAUUUAACUUAACUCAUUUUUGACUUCAUGAAAUAAAUCCUGAAAACCUUAAGUGUGUUCUUAUAAAUAACAGAAAUGGUUUGUUUUGUUUUGAAUAGUCUUUCCAGACAUUGUUGACUGAUCAGCGUAUUGAUCUGAUGUUUAUUUUCUCAUGGUCAGAGGGUCAACAAAGGGUGUCGGGGGGGGAGUUUGUUAAUGAAAAAAACAGCUCCUGUAGCAGAAAGACGGACCUUUGCCGCCUGUUGAAAGGACAUUGUUAAACCUUUUUCACUGGUCUUGAUUGAUUUGUUUUGCAGGUGAAAUUCUCACAGGCUAAAUAAGAGUUCUGUUUAUCUUUUUGUCCUUUUUAAUAGAUGCUAUUGAUAAAGGGGACAACCGAAGACUGGGUAAAAAGCCUGUAUUCACUAGUUCACAGGUAAAAGCAUUCAGCAACACACUGACAUUUAUUUUUCAUGCUUUUUGCCUUUUAGUUUAUUGAUACUAACCCUGGCUUUAAAUUAAUCUGAUGAUAUGAACAGGUCUUUUUUUAGCUCAGAGAAAUCCACUUAAGUUUGUGUAAUCCCUGACAGACAUCUGAUGUCAUGUAUCAUACAUGCCCCACAUGCACAGUCAAAGGAUACAGCAUAAAGUGAGUAGCAGGACCUCUUUUAACAGAUGCACAGCAAAUAUAAGCCCGGCUAAGGUAAUCCAGACAAGGAUUAUUAGGAUGGAAGGCAUGAGUGGUUCAGAGUUGUGGAGCUUGAACUGUGCAGAACUCUCUGAAAGUGGUUUUAUCGCUCUAAAAUGUGAACCUUUUUCUGUUUUUAAGCUUUUUAUUCUAUUGCUUUGCGCAGGGCAGGACAAAAUAAUAAUUUUAUAUAAUUAUAGAAUCCCUGAUGCCAAUUUUUAGUAUUUAAUUAAAAAAUAGUAUAGCCCUCUAGACAGAUUUCCCUUCAUACCUUAUGGUAUCAUUAAGCAUGGACUUUGUAAUCCACCCUUUGGAGGUAUUUGUGUUCUUCACUAAAUCAGAAUGGUGAUGUAUCAUCAUCACACGAUUUUUUGUACAGCAAGUGCUAAUGUAUUAUCACCAUUUCAGCUUCGGAUUUUCAAAGCCAAGUCAUCCCGCAACAGUGGUGUUUUUGUAUAAUAUAUGUGGAAAACUUUCUGACAAUACAGUCAGUCAGAUACAGGAAAGUCAAGACAAGGGUGGUGUACUAUGUUACUCCAGAACAUUACAGAUAAAUGCAAUAGACUUUUAUGUCAUUAUCCAUUUUAAAUGGAUUAUCUGUAAUGCCUCCAGCCAUUUUUUUGCCUUGGAAAAAUUAAGUCUACUAAUGUGGUUUCUUUUAUUUGUAGUCAAGGGCUGUAAAAUGCUCUUCAUCUGCACCUAAGAGCCCUCCUGUGUGCAGAACCCAGAGGGUGUCUGAAAACACAGCUUUUUCCUCCAGAAGUGCCACAUCAGCCAUGAAGUCUGAUGGACUUGGGACAGCAAACAAACCAGCGGAGGGUCACACAUCCAAGGUAAAGAAUGUAAAGAAACCUGGAGACAGGAGUGCAGCAGCAAAAGCAAAGACAACAACAACAGCUGGAUCACCAGUUGUCAAUGGCACAGGAACUUCAGGAGCCAGACGGGAUGUUGCAAGUGCCAAUGGCCCCAGAAGCUUUCAUGGAGCUAAAGAGCAGGAAAAGAAGCCAAACCCAGGUGCACGACCUAAAACAUCUCCCCCAAGCUGCACAUCUACAAGCCUAACAGCAUCAAUGAAGGCACAGAAGAGCUCAGCAGGAAAGUCUGACACUGCUGGCACCACCCUAGCUCAGCCCAGCGCUUCACCCUCAUCAGGCAGUGUCUCACCAGAAAACGGUGCCAGCAGCCCUCGCAAUGACACCCAACCCAUCCCAGGUUUACACUCUUUAUUGACUUCCAUCCAUUUAAUCGUUUUAACUGACACCAAUUACAAUACAGGACAUCAUGGGAGCCAAGCUGAAGUGUCAGCGAGUCAGCUCCAGGCAUAACACUGUAGCUGGAAUAUAAACGGAUCUGUAGGCUAAUUAGUAGGAUGAAUGUUGUGCAGUUGCCAAGAGGGAUUUUGAGAAGACAAGGACAGUGUCAUGUAUGAAUGUUGAUUUAUCAGGAUACAAAACACAUAAGGCUGUCCUUGGCAGACUGCUGGUGUCAGUGUACAAACUAACAGCAGAGGUCAAAGCCCCAUACAGCUGUCACACAGGGGGAUGUGACUGAUCACUAUGAGCUUUUGUUGUGAGGAUGGUUUUGAGGAGGAGGGGUAAUCACAGCUGAUGUUGGAAUCAACCACUAAUGUGUGCCUCAGCUGUCAGACUUGCUGCAGCACAGCAUGUGUCUCUGUACCCCACCCUUACUAAAUAACAGUGAUGUGAGCUCGCACACGAGCAGCACACCACCCCUUCCCUGAAGCUUGUUUUACUUUUUCCUAAUUUAAGAGUUCCGUAGAGGAAAAUGUGUGGUUGUAUCUGAUGUUCUCUGAGUUGUCUAGCUGACAAACAUUUAUUUAAAAAGGAUCUGUGUGUGGUUCAUAAUCUGUGUUAUAGGUGCAAAGCCCAAACUGCAGGCAAAGGCAGUGAACAAAUCCCCUCUGACAAAGCCCCACCCAAAGUCAGACACAGCUAAGUCCAGCAGGUGAGUCUCACUUGUAGCAUCAUGCUGCAUAUCUGUGUGCCCUUUCAUUGCUCAUUGUCAGGUCAAUUCAAGUAUCUCAAUUAUAUGUAGAACUAAGUCAUAGUAGUUUAUUAAACAGCACAUGCAUGUAGAGCAGAUAGAUUCAAUUAAAAAGAGCGAUAUUUAAAAUCUAUGUCAUCCUCCCUUUAGGUGGACAAUUCUGUUUACCUGUUUGGAUCAGGUAAACAGAAUUGUCAUCGUAAUUUAAAAAAAAAUAUUUUUUGCAAGUUUUUUUUUUUUUUUUUUUUUUUUUCAGGCUUUUUUGCUUUUUUAUUUGUAGAGGACAGGACAGUCAACAGAGCAGGAAAUUGGUAGAGAGAGCAAGGACAUGCAGGGCAGAGACCUCAGGCUGGAUAUGAACCCUAGCUGCCCAUGUGAAGAGUGACUUUUAUAUAUGGGACACACUAUGACACACACUCUGGCCAUUGGCGCCUUUUAAAGGACAAUCUUUGAAAAUUAAAACCUUGAUUUUUCUUUAAUUUUCUCUGUUCACCUGUGGCUGCUGGAGCCUACAACCUCUUUGCCUGUUAUAUGUCAACUUUUAGCUGACAAAUCCCAGGCAGUAGCUCGGUGUAUUACAGUUUUUUGUCCCCAAAAUGGCACAGUCAUUUAGAACUGGAUACUUGUGGUAGAGCCAGACCUCAAACAAAAAGUCUGCUAGGAGGUUUGUUCGAAAGCUGUGGCAACUAAAGGCAACUGAAGACCAAUUUAUUUUAACAUCUUAAACAGAAGCAUGCAGCUGUGUAAGAGAAACAUGUUUCACUAUGAAACACCAAAGACCGUUACAGCCAACAAGUAAUUGCAAAAACCUGCUUACUUCAGAUUUAUCCUUUUCUCAUUGCAUCAUGUAUGACAAGAAAGAGCACUGUGGAAAGCUAAUGAUGCAGUCUAACUGUAUAUCGCCGAUAACAUGGUAUGCCCUAUUCUUGGUCGGUAACUCUCGCCAGUUCUUUUAAUAAGCAGAUCUAAAAAAUCUAUUGCAAAAUUCGUCUUCUUGUUUUAACUAUCAGCACCAACACAGCAAGACGGCACAGCCCCCAGCUCUUGACUCUGGAUCACAUCCACUACAGCAUGCUAAUACAGCAUGAGAUUGUAUACUGUCACACCCGUACCUGUCCUACCUGAGACGACAGGCAGGAACUAAUGUUCACAACAAGACAAGAGGAUGUAGAAUAGCAACUUCAAUGUGACACAUACAGACAUAAACAAUACAUAAAGUACUUAAAUAAAAAUGAAAUAAUAAAAAAAAGAUUCUGCAACCCCAAAACAAUGCUGUGAACUUAUUCCUGCUGAGAUAUACUAAAUCUAGUGUCAUGUACAUCUUGAUUAAAGGUAGAAACACACCGCCCAGCCCUGAUAUGCCCUUUCCUGCUGUUUUUUUAUGGGCUCAUGGGUGUGGGAGUGGGGGGAAAAGUGGACCCAACUACCCAGGGCUCGAGUAGGGAGACGGGCCCAUGAUAAUCCUGAUUUUUUUUUUUUGCUCACACACCUCGUGCACUGGCAUGAAUAGGGGCCCACUGACAUUGGGAAUGUACAGGGCCCAUUAUUUGGUGCUACACCCCUGACUGGGCUUAUACAAGUAGAUCAGGCUGCAGUUAAACAAACGAACAAACUACAAAGUGUUGUGAAAAAUACACUGUUUAUGUCAACAGACUUUGUUAUUACUCCUCUGUGGUUUGGGCAGGAGGCUUAACUUGAGCUUGGCUACAGUGGUCCUGCUCAUGGCUCUGUUUUACCAACUAACACCCCUUUAGCAGAAGAAACGUCUUUUUGAUGUCAGUGUAAUUUGUGAAUUACAAAUCAGUCAAUUUGAAGAUGUGAACAGUUUCAGAAGUCUUGACUGUGCCAACGAUCUAGUGCUAGAUUGCUUGAAUAAAUGUUACUGGAGUGAGGUUUUCAGAGAUUUUCCUUUGAAGCAAGUAAUUUUCAUAUCCCUAGCCAACAUUAAAGAGAGAACAUAUUGCAACUGUGAUUCUCAGAGGCAAGUUGACCCAGCUGAGACAAAUCACUUUUCUGUGAUGGAUAAAAUAGGUUUGUCAUUACUCCAAUUCUGCAACUUUCUACAACUACUGGAGUAUCAUUUGUCAGUACAUUACAUCCUUAAGAGUUGUGCCUAAGGGUUGUAUUUAUCUGGCAACAGAUGUGCUCAUUUGAAGGAUGUGAGGCCUGGAUGUGUAACACUUAAAAUGUAAAAAAUAUGAAAGAAUACCAACCAAAAGAGAUGAGAUGAGAACCCAAACACUAUCAGGACAGUUAGCAAAAGAAAAUGCACCUUUGCUCAUAACAGUCUCCUACACUAAUACAAGCAAAAUAGUUCAAAUUAGAAACACUGUUUGUAUUAGGCUACCCUGCUAAAUCAAGCAGCUGCACUUUGAACUGAAAUUAAGCUAGAAAAUUUAGAAAUGUAGUGCUUUGAAUUCUGCCGGAAUUCUGAGAUGGUCAGACCAAGAUAUACUAUAUUAAUGCCAACUCCAUGAAGCUGGAAGUAUUCAUGCCACAGAAAACAAAUCAAGCAUUAGACGGUGUGUCCAUUGCAGAGGUCAAAUAUAGUGGGUGUUGCACUUUGCUGCAAUGAGUGUCACCCAGUUUUCUUGACAAGCUUCCUAUCUGUCCCUCCAUAAUGUUAAAAAUACCAGUUUUAUUAUCAGUCUCAUGUAAACUCCAUUUGUCCUGGAAGCACAUAAAUACUUUAACUCUUUGGGAAGCAAAAAUGUAUGUUAACCUAAGAAGAGAUGGUGGCGCACUGGUUUCUUUUUCAAGUAAAUCUAAAGUUGAUCUUUCUUGAUUUUUGUUCUCCAGUUUGUAAAGGUUUAGAGUGCCAUUCACAAAAAGAUUGCAGGGAGUCUGGGAGAUUUAACAUCCUUUACAACCAUAUACAUUAAGGAUAUUUUUUAUCAAUGCAGCUAUAAUGAGAGAUUUCCGAAAAUUGUAAUGGGUGAACUCAUACCAAAAUGCUGUUUGAUUAAAAAGUAAAAUAAAAUCCACCACCUGGGUUUUGAAAUAAUAGCAAUACCUUAUUUAUUUAUUAACAUUUAAAUAAUGUUUCUUUUUUUCAAUGGGGAGGGACGUUCUGCACAAGGACAACACUAACUACUUCAAACUCUUUACAUUAUUAGUCAGCUCAUGUCUUAGAGGCUUGACCUUGAGUGAAUGAAAGAAAAACCCUACUGCCCCCUGCUGGUGUUAGAUACUAAUUCAUGAUUUACUUUCACUGCUGCUCAUGAAAUAAAUAUUUGAUGAUGGUCAUUCAAACCACAAGCAUGUAUUGACUGAGAUAUUGUGGGAAAAACCUCAGUGGUCACUGUGUUAUGAUUCUUUGUUCACAGUCCUACCAGUAGGUCAAGUGUGAAAGAAAGCAGCAAAACCAAGACUAGUGAUAAAACAUCCGCUGGAGUGACAGGAGGAAGAGCAGACACCAAGGGAAGAAGCACACCAGACCACCACGGUGAGAUGCUCUGAGUCUGAUAGAUUUUAUGUCUUUUAUUUUAAUAUGGCCAUGUGUGAAUGUUCUUUUCUGCUCGAUCUUCUGUUUAGCCCCCAAGCAUGGACCCUCUUUGAAAAAGCCAGCUUCCCCCAGGAAAGAAGAUGGCAAGGAUGGCUCCAAACCCUCCGGACCAGACAAAACAGCCACUGAAGCUCCCAAAAAGAAAAUCACAAAACCCACUUCAGCAACUGGAGCCUCGUCUAAAUCCAGCAUUAAACCAACAAAACCCUCUCCAGCACCCUCUAAGCAAUCUUCUGUUGUAUCUGCCAAGACUGGACCCAAGCCAAAAAGUAGUACAGAAUUAUCUAUGGAGAAAGCUUCUCCAAAAUCUGGAGCAACUGCCAAAACCUCAGCUGCUGCUGCUGCCUCUAAGAAAUCGGGAACUAAAGGAAAAGAGACAACAAAUGGCAAAAGUUUAGAAUGUAAAACAGAGCCAGCCCCAGCUGCAAAAACUGUUGAGGACGAGAUGCAUAAGGACAGUACAAAGGUAGUGUCCUCAGAUCAGCCAUCAAGCCAGACCACAAAUGAUUUACUUAGCUCUCAGCAGAGUCUUCAGAAUACUGACAAACACAAAGAAAACACUAAUAAUGCAGAUGGGCAGACCAGCGCUAAACCAGCUGCUAGCAACAUGCCUGAUGUCCAAUCUGCGAAACCAAACACCUUCAAACAGCCUCCAGGUAAUGUCAACAAAGGUCCAGUCAGAAGGGGGCAAGUACGUGAAGUGAGCUCUCCAAGUUCCCCAAAGGACACUGAAAUGCCUAUAGAUACUCCCUGCAGCAUAGGGAGCACUGAGACUCCCUUAGAGGACUCGUGGAGCGGCAUCCAUCAUCAGGUCAGCCCAGAGUCUGAGACUGGCAGCACACACACCACCUCCUCUGACGACAUCAAGCCCCGCUCAGAGGACUAUGAUGCAGGAGGCUCACAGGAUGACGACUGCUCCAACGACAGAGGUGUUUCUAAGUGUGGUACCAUGCGCUGCCACGACUUCCUGGGCCGCAGUAGUAGUGACACAAGCACCCCAGAGGAGCUGAAGAUGUACGAAGGUGGAGCAGGAUUGAGAGUGGAGGUUCGGCUGCGCGGGCGGGAAGCGGAGACCACCAGUGAGGAGGAGGGAGUGAGACAGCGUCCUCGUUCCUGGUUGCACAAGGAGGAGGUUCCUGUGGAGGAGGAGCACUCAGAGGUUGAGGCAACUGUGACUGUCAAAAGCGUCCCUGACCCCCAGCUGUUCUCCUCUGAUGAUGAAGAGGAAGAAGAAGAUGAGCAAGCGACAGAGGAUGAGAGGUCAGAAGUUGAGGUGAUCCCAGGUCAGGCAGCACCGCCGCCAACUGAACCCUCACCACACUUUCAGGGGAUCGUCAAUCUAGCAUUUGAUGAUGAUGGCAUGGAACAGGAGAAUGACCAGCCUGACUAUCAGUCAACCUCGAACUUCCGCCGGUCAGUGCUGCUCUCUGUGGACGAGUGUGAGGAGCUAGGAUCAGAGGAGGGGGGCAUCCAAACUCCACCUCAACAGCAUGAUGACACUGCGACUCCAUGUGAUGUUUUCGAGUCUGACUCCAUAACUCCUCAGUCUAAUUGUGCUCCAUCCACUGACCAACAGAACCACCCUGAGAGUGAAGGUGUGAAGCACAAACAACAGGGUGAAGAAAAGGAAGAAAAGUCCCCCAUAUUUAUUACAGAGAUUCAGGAGCCCGUAAAGGAGGAGAACAAACAAAUCCAGGUUGAUGGAGUGAAGUCUAGUGGUCCUGAUUUUGACAUCAGAGACCUACCUCCCCAGGAGCGUCCCUGCCACCUGGAUCUGCGGCAUACUGGACAAUACAACGGAGGCCCGCGUAAAAAUCACACCUCAGAAAGCAAGAAAGCUGAUCUCCAUCUAGACUUAAAUGAGCCUCAGCUAGCAGGGGACUCUCCUGUACAUGCUGCACAAUCUCCAGCAGGUAAUGUAUGAUCUAAGGACCUUUCAUAGACCCCAAAUCCAAACCCAUCUCUUAUCCUUAAACUCCACAAGUGUAGAUGUAGUUUGUCCUUGCAAGAUUCAUUCACCUCUGCUUGAAUUCCUAGACCUACACCCAACAUGUACCUAUCCCUCUUUCAGAAAAAGGAUAUCAGUGAGCAAACUAGUUUAGCAACUAGUUUAAAGUAAAAGUUCAAAUUCAAACGUAAUCAUCCUACUUUCCUAUCACCAUCUCAACUUACUUGAUUGUGUAGCUGUUGUAGAUUUGAAUUUGCAACCUCAAUAUCCUUUGUAAAGAUGGAGAUUGGUCUCAUUAGAACAAAAAACCUAACCUGUACAUUUAAGCAACUGAACUACCUGUAGUCAGAGGCGUGUAGGCCUGGUAUCUCAGUUUUACACACAAAAAAAGGGAAAGCAGUGUACUCUUUACUUGGACUAUCAUACAGUUGUAUUUGUCAAAAAUAUCUGCCUUGAGAAAUAAGGCCUGUGACAUAGUUAUACCAAUGCACUUUUAUGUACAUAAAAAAAAGAGUUUUUGAUUAUUUUUGUCAUUUCUUUGAUGCAGUGUAACAGUUGUUGGCCUUUUAAAGCCAUAAAUUAUUUGACACAUUUAAAGGUGCUAUAUAUCCUAUUUCAGCAUGAACAGAUCAAGCUUAAUUAUGUUUUUAUAAUUACUGUUACAGUUAGACCACUGUCGUGAUAAUUAUAUGCAACUGAUAAAUGAUAAAGUUAUUGUUUUCCUGUUUCCAGCUACUAUAAGGAUUUUUGAGAUGCUUGAAAAACUGACAAAAACUACACCAAAAACAGACAAGACUAUCAGUAACAAUACUGAUGUUUCCUACCAGUAUAUCUACAAGUCUGUUACCACUACAGCCAGGUUUGUCAGAGUCGAUGCCUACAUAUAGCGGGACUAUUUGUUUAUCAACACAGCGGUGUAACCGAGAGUGAUGUAGACUGAUAACCCCUCUAUGUUUAUUCUGUUUAUAUUUAUCACUUUAUAUUAUUCAGUGAGUGAUGGGUUCAGAUAAGAAAGCCAGAUGACAAUUUGAGUAAGAACACGCCUCUACUACAUUAUUACAUGCACUACAUACAAGAUCAAAAAUGCUGUGACUGCAGAUGUUGCCACAGUAGACGCAAAUUCCUCACUGUAGGUUAAACAUAGGACAACAAACGAAAAGACAAAACAGCAUCGCUUGUUUUGGUUUCAUUGCAGAAUCAUUGAUGUUUGUUUGUGUUAGUGAAACGUGUCAAGCAAAUAUCUGCUCUUACACCUCUAUCAAAAAAGCAUUCACAUUCUUAAAGACGUAAUCUCAGGCCAUCUAUAUAGUAUCUUAAUGCUCAUAGAAUGAAGUGGUACAGGGUCAAACUAAUUGUUUUUACAUAGUAAAUUUCUCACAGUGUGCUAAUUAUGCAAUUUUGUGUCUCAAUGGUGUAAAAAGCUUUGUGGUACAGGAUAAAUGUGUUCUUUACUUUGCUGCCAUAAUAAGAAACACAUUCUGAUCAAUCUCAUGGCACCCAAACAGAUCUCUACCUUGUCAGUUGCAUUGAGAUUGAGGCUAAGCACCUGGUUCUGCUUGGCUUCUCAGCAUUGGUCUCUCUGUUUACAGUUAUUAUAUUAUAUACAUCUCAUAAUGUCAACAAAAUGAUCUGUUGAUGCUUAAAUUCUAUAAGUAGCACCUUUAAAAUUUAUGUUCAGGUAAAUUACAAGCAAGUAAUGAUAACUGUCAAAUUUCUCUAAUGAAAUUAACUGACUUUAUGGUCAAAUUAAAGUGUUUUUACAAUAUUAAUGACACUGAAACGCCAUUGCUACUCAAUAAGGUGUGUUACACCUGGGAACUUUUCCCUUGAAUCUCCGUGCUAUUUUUCCUUUAUAAAUUUGAGAAUGUAUUUCUUCAUUUUUUGUUUGCUCUAUUUCAUGUUUGUUUGCACUGCACACAUGCAUGCUUCUAUAAGGAUUAAUUUAUCAUUCCUUUAUGCCAUUCAUCAUGUUAUUUAUUUAUUUGUAACUACCCAUCACCAUUUGUCAUUCCCAGUAGACUUGUGUGUAGAUUGAAGCUGUCCACUUAAUCAGGAAAUGCUUUUGUUUUUUGUUUUGUAGGUUUAUGUAGUGUCAGUAGCCUCCUCUAUAAAGUCUGUGAUGUGUCUCUAGAGCAGCUGUCAUGGUUCUGCCAUGUCUUUCUUUUUUCACCCAUCAUUUUUAGAAAAAAACGUCCUGCUGCACCAGCAGUUAGGGUUUGUCUCAUUGCAUUUGUGUAAAAUAUUUUCUUUUAUUCACCCGACAGUGAUUUUUUUACUUCUUGAAAUGUUAAAAACAAAAAAACACAAAGAAUGUCAAAAGAAACUGGUGUGCCAUAUAUUUGUGCUGCUAACUGAGGCACUGUUGCUUGCAUUUUUAGUUGUUUUUUUUUUUUUUCUUUUGUGACAGUACAAAGUCUGUUUCAUGGGUCUGCCCGUUCAAAGACCUGCACGCAAAUCUCAGAACAUAUCACUGUUAUUUAAUGACAAAUGCAAAAUUCACUGGUGCUGGCUAUGCAUGGCUUAUUUUGUUUGAACGUGUGAUUAAAGACAUGCACACAGAAAAGCAAUUUUCUUUGCAUUACCUUCAAAGCAACUGUGUAAUUAUGAUACCCGUGAUAGAAGUAACUAGUGAAAUUUUCAUUCAUUAAGUCAAUCAGACAUUACUUUACCAGCAGUGUUAUUACCCCAUUGGCUGCCCUUCCCUUACUUUAUGAUGGACUAUCUUUAAGGACACAGUUGCAUUUAGGGUAAAUCUUAGAGUUUUGUUUUGGUAGGCUAGACUUGUCUAUGAUUCAAAAAAAAAAAAAAAACUUGAAGUCAAUUUGGAGGAGUAUUUCAUUAUGUCAUUUUGCAGUAUUGUCAAUUGCUUUUAGGGGACAAUGGUUGUGACAGAUUGGAUCAAAGCUGCAAACAUGAUCGCCGACCAUCCAAAGCCCUCUCUCCCAUUUACGAGAUGGAUGUGGGAGAAGCCUUUGAGCACUGUUCGGACAAGGACAGGGACGUUAAACUGAAGGAAAAGGAGGAAAAGGUUAAAGACAACCAUGACAAGAGCAGUGAGUUUGCAGACAGGGACUGGAGUCUGCUCAGGCAACUCCUCUCAGACCAUGAAUCCACUCUGGGCGUCAUAAACCCUGUACCUGAGGAGCUCAACUUGGCCCAGUACCUUAUCAAGCAGACUCUGUCCCUCUCACGUGACUGCCUGGACUCGCAGGCCUUCAUUUCCCCAGAGAGGGAGACCUUCAAACGCUGGGCAGAGCUCAUCUCACCGAUGGAUGACUCCUCCACCAGCAUCACGGUGACCAGCUUCUCCCCAGAAGACGCUGCAUCUCCACAGGGGGAGUGGACCAUCGUGGAGUUGGAAACGCAUCACUAACUGCACAUCAGAGAGCCUGCCAGAAAGUCUACGCCUUCCCAAUGAACACUGAAAGUCAUGAAAUUUGUCUUAAUUUUGCACUCUGCAACACCCCGGAGCUUUGCAGCAGCUUAUUUUGCAUUCCCAUGAUGCCCUUUGGACUGUUCCUUGACACAAAUAGGCUGACCUGCAUGCCAAUAUUUUUAUAUGUUUGUUGAAUUGAUGUUGCUUCAAAUCUCUAGAAAAGAAAUGGAGUGAGAAAAAAAUCCUUUUUCAUAGCAGUGUUCAAAUGAUAUGGUUAACUGAAGUUUCUUAAAGAAAACUAGUAUCAGCCAAAUGGCUUGCAUUUAUUGUCAUACUGGAAAUAAAGAUUUGUGUUUCUGGAAAAAAACAACUUAUUUCUUGCUGUCAUGUUAUGCAGUUAAUCAAGUUAUGGUUUUAUGGAGAGGAAUGAAUUGUUUUCUUGGUUAAAACUUGCUUUAAGCAGGUAGAUAUUUAUUAGGCAAGGCUCUCAUUUUAACAAGUUCACACGCCACACAUGACAUUUCUCAUACUGAGAAGUGAUCAAAUUCCAUGCAUAUUAAUAACAUUGUAUAUGUGGCAUUUAACCAAACGUGUCCGAAUUGCUGUCUCCUGACAAAAAAAGAAAAAAUCAAGCAAACAAAAAGGAAUUCAAUCAUAUAUGGUUGCAAAGGUCUUUUAUAAACUCUUUAAACCUAAAACAUUAGAUAUGAUUGAAAAUAUAUGUAUUAAAAAAAAAAAAAAAAAUCCUCAUUUAUACUUAGGGAAGGCCUACUUUUUAUUGGGAAGUAGCUGUCCCUAGCCCAGACCUCUAAAAUUUAAUAAAUGUAAAUAACACCACAUAAGUGUGGUUUAACAGGUAUUUGUGAUUAUGUCUAAUAAGGAGUUGAAAGUUUUAGAUCUAUUGUGAGACUAAGGUUUAAAUGAGUUUUAAUAUGCUAAAAAAUAGUGCCCCCACACUUUGUCAUGACCGAAACAAGAUUUAAUUUAUUGGUUGAGUCUGGAUUAUUGCCACACCCCUGAAUCUUUCAAGUCCCACUCCAAUGUUAUUUUUACCACUUCAAGUAUUCUCAGUGGUCUUUAAAUUGUGAUUAUUACGUUUUUAACAAAAUCGCGUUAUGUCUUUAUGGACACAAUGAAAGCUAGUACCAUAAUUAGCUUUCUAACGAGUGGUGCAAUCUGUUAACACACACGCUUGUUCCACAAUCAUCCUCUGUAUUUCUCCUCUAUAUGCAAAGUGUGGGGCUCCAGGGGCGGAGCUUGGAUUGGUUAGGUAUGAAAUCUUACUUUCUGAACUUGCCGUUUGGGUCUGCCAGAGAUUCACAGCGAUUUGAAUGAAGAAGUACUUAGAAUAGCAAUUUCGCAUUUAGUUUUCUUAAUAUAUGUCCUGUAGCUUCAGAAAAAUGCCAUAUGAACAUAUAAGAAACAAGAAAUAUAUGAUUUUCAUCGGAGUGGGUCUUGAAGAGGGGGAAGCACUCUGAAGUCCUUUACCUAAUGAAUGCAUGGUAAGUUACUGAUUGCAUUAAAACAUGUUAAGACUGUACAUAUGUUUACUUGAAUUUGGGUUAAAAAUCUUGGGAUUUUAUCAACCAGUGGCGAUUGCUCUAAGACUGCAAGGGAAGCUCAGCUUCCCUUAAAAUGUCACCCCCCCCCCCCCAAAAAAAAAAGAAAAAGUGGUGAAAUACGUACUGCUGUGUGUACAUUUCAUUAACUAAAUACACGCUAGAAAGCCUUCAUUUUUUGUUCAGAAUCAGCUUCUGAUCACAGUGUGAUCAGAAGCUGAUAAUCACAGGUAACCAGCACAACUUCGUUCUCAUUCAUCCUCGCAGCGCCUCAGCUCUUCACACAGCCGGACGCUCAGCGUCUGCUGACUUCAAUGUGGAAGCUCAAAGUGGGUUGUUCCAGCAGCGAAACUAGACGCUCAUUGGAUAAAUGCUGGUCUUUGUCCUGCCCAUCGGACGCUCAGCGUCUCUGGAGUUCUAUGACGAGAGGGCGGUCCCAACUUUCUCGAGGACCCUAAGCUUCUGCAUCCAUGAUUGGAUGAGCUGUCUCAGGCGAAGUUAUUUAUUCCGUUUAGUGGUGGGCAAAACCGUUCAUUUCAGUGAACCGGAUCAUUCCGGGUCGUUCAGUAAAAAGACCCGUUCAUUUCGGUCAUUUCGGUCAAUUCUGAAGCAUUACACCCCUCCGGAUCCGACGUUGCGAGCGUCUCAGCUCCCCGGUCCGACGUUACGACCCCCCCGCGGUCCGACGCUGUGACCGCUGCACUCCCCACUUCCCACCCCUGGUCCAACGCUGCGAUCGCGCUGCACUCCUUGUAAUAUAAAAUUAUAGUAGGAAUAACAAAAUAUAUAAGGUUUUUACUGGUUAUUUUAUUAUUUUGAGGUGCAUUAAAAACAAUGAUAAAAAGUACAAAAUGUCAACAGACAGUGCAAAUGCGUAUUAAUAGUUGUCUCUCUGCCUCUGGCUGCAGCAGCAACUGUGUGCCUUUGUGAGUGUGUGACUGUCCCGCUCGCUCGGGCUCGGCUGUCGGCUCCUGCGGCGGCCAGUCAGCUCGGUCUUUCAGUCAACUCGUUCAUCGGUCUGGAUCUUUCGUUCACUCGGUCUUUCAGUCAACUCGUUCAUCGGUCUGGGUCUUUCUAGUUUGAUCAUGAACUGAGAUUCUGUGACCAUCCUUUGGCAAGGAUGUUUUGACGAUUGAUUUGACCUCUAUGGACCCUUUAGAAAAGAUUUAGCCCCCAGGUCCCUCCCAAAAAUCCCGGCAUUUUUUGCUGGACAGCCAAAUUUAAAAUGGCGCCUGGCGCCAUGCCUAAAAAUUAAUUUUUGAUCUGGAUGACCUGGAAUCAUGUAUGAAGGCACUUUUCUAUACAAGUCAACCAUGAGGAUUCCAAAUCUGACACAAUUUUAAUUGUAAGACCUCAUUUUGACAUAUAAUUAAACACAAAGUUUCCAGUUUUUGUUGGAUUACCUAUGAGACUACUAAGAUAUAGUUUCAAAAAUGGGCAGUUCUGUAAAGAAAUAACCAAGGUUUUUGAUUUAAUAUGCUUUUUAAACUCUUAAACUAGUUGACAGAAAAUAACCUCAACUUUACCUCAAGAGAUAUUUAUAUUCCUUUGAGAUUAAAGUGAAUUAAAGUUGAUAUUAAACUUUUAGAUAUAACCUACCAGUGUAAGUGUUUUUCUAAAGUAAACAGCAUUUUAAAUCUCCAUGGUAACCUGUGACUAUGUAAAAACUUUAAAUCAUUACAAGUCGAUAAAGAUUGGUCAUUUCUGAAGAUUCAAUCUGAAGAUCGACACGAAAAACUUCUGUGGCUCACAAACUUUCACCUUUUGACAGCUCCAUCGUAAAUAAAACCUCCCCAGAAGACUAAAGACUCCAACUCCGACAAACACCUGAACAGAGAGGACAACAUCGACGACAUGGAGACCGUAAGAUUUCAUGACAAUAUCAUCAUACAAACUUGUGUUAUCGUCGAGACUUUGAGAAUAGUUAGUUUAAAAGCGAUGCAUUGAAUGAUGAAGCUAAAGUCCUGCCCACCACUGACCACUGUGGUCCUGUCCUGCAUGUUUAACAGCAGAAAAGUUCAUGUUAUUGUGAGAAAUCUCUGCGUUUAGUUUUUACAAAAGAUGUAAAUCUAUUUAAAAACUUACAAAAACAGACAAAAUUAAGUGAAAAGAAAUUUCUUAUGUACAGCCUUUAAAAUUAAGAGUUUGAUAAAGUUUCACUCAAAUAUGUUUUCAUGUUUCCAUGAAUCAAGUGUGUGUUUUCUACCACAAAAUGUAAAACUUCAUUAUGGUUUUGACAGGGAAAAACUCACCUUAAGUGUAAUCAAAACACUGUCCUUUUGUAGAAAUCCGUUUUUUUUUCUUUCAAACUGAAAACUGAGGAUUUUCUUAUUAUUGAAUCCUGAAAAUACACAGUCUUUCCCCCAAUGAAAUAAAAUGACUGAAAUAGACAAACCAAAAAUAUCAAUUCUUAAUGGUGGGUUGCAUUGAUAUUAAUCUAUUUCUAUUGCACAACUAACCUGCUGAUUAGAAACUAAAUACAAAUUCAAAUGUAUUAACUUUCUCCUCUUGAUGAUAGUGAUGUUACAGAUGCUUCCUUCAUGACCUUGACCACACAGUCAAAUGUUACAGCUUGUUUAAUUUAAAUAUCUGCAUUGUUUCUGUCUUCAGACCAGCCGACACUGCACAUGGACCUCGGUCCUUGUGCACAGCUCUGACUGGUCCUGUCCCAGGCUGAUGCUCAGGAGGGUUGCAGCAACACCAAGCUCUUUUCUAGCUCCAACCUCUCCUCUAAAUUUGGCUGAAGUAGAAAUAUUUUUGUGUUGUUUUGUAAUGCGGCAUUAGUUAGCCUCCAGCUCCUCUGCAGCUCCUCCUCUCCUCCU